GGAAACAAAUGUCACGUGCACAGUGCUGUGUUGUUUCGUAAUUUUUAAUUAAAAAAACAGUAUGGUGCUUGACGAAAAUGAUAUGACACUGGUCGGGCCAUGAAGUACUUAAUAAAUGUUGUUCACUGUAUUCGCUUAAUGUGUUCGCCAGUGUAAGCGUAGAGUGUUCACAUAAUUCUUGUCAGAAAAUCAAUCUGUUCGCGUUGUUUAAAACGUCAAAAGUAUCACAAGCGUUAUGAGUCAGGAAAAAGACCGAGAUGUUUUGUUGUAUGCACCUUUCGAGUCAUUCGUACAUACAACGUUUUGGCACAAACUCUCGCAAAUUAAACUUGAAAUAGACAAACUGAAAGAAGAAGCGAGACCAGUAUGGGGUUGUUAUACUUGUACCACACCUCCCGCAAUGUGUUCUGCUCAUGUUGAUUUUAGUUCGUAUAAUCAAGACUUUCAAGAUCAACCACUUGCAUUGCCGAUGCAUGGGACAAUUAUAAAUAAGAACACAUUAGAGUCAUUCAAGGAAUAUAACAAAGUGCAGCUUUUAGAUGAAUAUGGACAAAACUUACUGUCUUCUAUAAGGACAGCAGAAGCUUUGAAAAAUCCGUCUCUGCUUUCCAGGUUUAUCUUGCUGACAUACGCUGAUUUAAAAAAAUACCACUUCUAUUACUGGUUUGCAUUCCCAGCCAUAAACUUGCCAUCCAUUAAACUGUUUCGACCGCCAAGAAAACUGAACACAUUAUUUAGUGGAGAUCAGAUGCAGCAACUUCUGGAUGCCUAUACAAAUAUUAAAGACUGGAAACAACGUCCAUUUUUCUUAGUACAAGUACAAAGUGGUAAAGUUUCCAUACUUCCGCUAUGUGACAUUGAUUUACUGAAACAAGAAUGUCAUAUAGAAAAUGAAAAUAAUAUAACAAAUGGAUUGUAUCUUGGGUUUGCUGAUCCAUCAGUAUUACCUGCUAAUCCUGGAUGGCCAUUACGGAACCUACUGGCGCUUGUCAUCUACCACUGUAAAGAGAUUUUAGGUAAACCACUUCAGUUAAUAGCUCUACGCCUACAAAAAUGUGGAGAUGGUCAAAGUUGGUCUGCAUUCUCCAGUCUUGUACUAAACAUUGAACUACCUACUGAAGAUAAUGCGCCACCAAAGAUAACUCCAUCGUGGAUUGGUUGGCAACGCAAUGAAAAAGGAAAAUUUGGUCCUCGACUUGCCAAACUCAGUGCUUCUAUGGAUCCUGCCAAGCUUGCUGAAACAUCUGUACAGCUGAACUUAAAACUGAUGAAGUGGCGACUUGUGCCAAAUCUGGAUCUUGAUGUGGUGCGACAAACUCGCUGCCUCCUCCUUGGAGCUGGAACAUUGGGCUGUGCCGUUGCGCGUACUCUUCUUGCAUGGGGAGUGCACACCAUAACAUUUGUAGACAGUGGCACUGUUUCUUUUUCAAAUCCAGUUAGGCAGUCACUGUACAAAUAUGAAGACUGUUUGCAUGGGGGCCAUCCUAAGGCUGUUGCAGCAGCUGAAUCUUUGAAAACUAUUUUUCCUGGAGUUAAUGCGUCUGGCUAUCAGUUACAUAUGCCGAUGCCAGGACACACUGUUGGGGAAGUCAUGCUUCCUGAGGUCCAAAAAGCUGUUCUGAAACUGGAGCAGCUGAUAGAGAACCACGAUGUGAUAUUUCUUCUGACAGAUUCAAGAGAAAGUCGUUGGCUACCAACAGUUAUUGCGACCAGUAAGGAAAAGUUAGUGAUGACAGCUGCUUUGGGCUUUGAUACGUUUGUCGUCAUGAGACACGGGAUGCGCAAUCAGAAGAAGGAUGUAGCUGUUGCACCAGAUGGUCCUCAGCUUGGAUGCUACUUCUGCAGUGAUGUGCUAGCACCUGGGAAUUCACAGGUAGAUCGAACUUUGGAUCAGCAGUGCACUGUGACGAGGCCAGGAGUCUCAGCAGUUGCAGCAGCAUUGGCUGCCGAGCUAUUGGUGUCAGUCUUGCAACAUCCACUAAGAGGGCAUGCCCCAGCAGAGGGUGUGUUGGACUCAAAUAAGACACCGUCUUAUGACAGUCAGUGUCCACUGGGCAUUGUCCCUCAUUCAAUAAGAGGUUUCUUAUCAUCAUAUGAACAAUUGAUAUGCGUCAGCCAUGCAUUCCAGAACUGCACAGCUUGUUCCAAAAUGGUGAUUCAAGAAUAUCAGCAGCAAGGAUUUGCUUUCUUGAUGGCAGCUUUUAACAAUCCUCAUCAUCUGGAAGAUCUCACAGGCCUCACAGAAAUACACCAAAAGAGUGAAGAUGCAGAGGUGUGGGAGCUCAGUGACAUGAGUGAUACAGAAUAAGAGAUAGCAUAUGUUUCAUGCUCUGAGGCAUGUAAUUAAAAUACAUUGCUAUAUUUCAUUUUCAGACUGCUGCUUUACCUCGGUUUGAUGCUCAGUAAAAAGUUUGCUAGUCUUAUUCACAAUAAACAUGCUGCAAAUUUUGGACUUUAUAUAAUAUAAUUUGUUUUCAAAGUUUCCUUUUAGAUUUCCUGUCAACCAUCACACAUUCUGUGAAAACUGUUAGUAGUAUUUCAGCCAUACUUUUUGCGUCUCUUGUACAAAGAUGUUUAUACCAAAAAAGCUUGCUACUCUGUUGGCAGAGGUGUAUAUAUUUGUGUGUGUGUGUGUGUGUGUGUGUGUGUGUGUGUGUGUGUGUGUGUGUGUGUGUCAAGUUUAGUCAGGUAUAUUUGUUUAAUGUUUCACAUAAUUCUCUACUUUUUGUUCAUUCAUUACUGUAUCAUUAUACACUUCCUUUAGUUGAUGGUAAAUUUUUGCAGGGUUCACUUCCCAGCAUUCCAACAGCAAAUAACAUCUCUGACAGACAGCCAGUUGUAUCUCUCAGUUCAUGUUAAACAAUCACAAGAACAUCUUGUUCUGACUGACACUCACAGAAUGCUGAGAUUAGUUUUCGAGGAAAGCAUUCAACCAUAAACAGAUGCCAGAUAUUCAUCUGCACAGUGAGAAUACGUGAUAGGGGUACUAUUGCAUUUCAAGGUUUUGUAAUAUGCUAGUAUUAAAACAAUAAUGGAAAAUCCUUGUUGGAAUAUAAAAAUUCAUUUGAGUAAAGACAAGCACUCAUCAUGAUAAUGUGUUGAGUGUUCGAUAAGCACAUAAAUUAGAAAUUCAACAAUGUAGUUCAGGUUCUGAAUUUUC